GUUGAAGUAUUGUAUUUUGCAAAAAGUGCUGAAAUAACAGGAGUUCGUUCAGAGACCAUUUCUGUGCCGCAAGAAAUAAAAGCAUUGCAGCUGUGGAAGGAGAUAGAAACUCGACAUCCUGGAUUGGCUGAUGUUAGAAAUCAGAUAAUAUUUGCUGUUCGUCAAGAAUAUGUCGAGCUUGGAGAUCAGCUCCUCGUGCUUCAACCUGGAGACGAAAUUGCCGUUAUCCCCCCGAUUAGUGGAGGAUAGUGCUUUUGAGCCAUCUAGGAAAGAUAUGGAUGAAGUUGAAGAGAAAUCUAAAGAUGUUAUAAACUUUACUGCCGAGAAACUUUCAGUAGAUGAAGUCUCACAGUUGGUGAUUUCUCCGCUCUGUGGUGCAAUAUCCCUAUUUGUAGGGACUACAAGAAAUAACUUUGAAGGGAAAAAAGUCAUUAGCUUAGAAUAUGAAGCAUAUCUACCCAUGGCGGAAAAUGAAGUCAGAAAGAUUUGUAGUGACAUUAGGCAGAAAUGGCCAGUCAAACACAUAGCAGUGUUCCAUAGACUUGGCUUGGUUCCAGUGUCAGAAGCAAGCAUAAUCAUUGCUGUGUCCUCAGCCCACAGAGCUGCAUCUCUUGAAGCCGUGAGCUAUGCCAUUGAUACUUUAAAAGCCAAGGUGCCCAUAUGGAAAAAGGAAAUAUACGAAGAGUCAUCAACUUGGAAAGGAAACAAAGAGUGCUUUUGGGCAUCCAACAGUUAAUCACUUAUGUUUUUAGAGCAUGCAAUCUUAACUUUGUUAAACUAUUAUUACUGAUCACAUUUUGAUUUUUUUCUCUCCACAUCAGGAUAGUUUACUGAAGCACAAUCUCUUAUACUAGUGGGACAAAAGGGAGAAAAAGGAAGCAAGAUAAAUGUGUAUGUAGGAUGAAGGGUUUUUUAAAAUGGAACUAAAGAUAGAAGGAGGACUGUAGGAAGAAAUGGAAUAAUUUAAAUGUGAGGAAAGAUAUCUGUGGUAGACAAUGUCCUUCCAUGACUAAUUUCUAAUUGUAACUCAACACACAUUGAGGUAUGGGCCCUCCUCAGUGACUUUAACUAGCUCAGAAACAUACUCCCCCACCGACCCCACCUCACCGCCCCCCAUCCCGGUUCUGGGAGAGCAUUGUUAUUAAGGAUGCAUGACAGGAAUGUUGGCAGAACUGGAAAGUAUUAAAAAAGCAUUAUCAGACAGUCUUGAUAUUAUAUAUUUUCAGAAAUAUAUUAAAAAUAAUAAACUAAAACCCAUGAUUUCAAAAGUUUAAAAA